GAAACGAAACUGAUCAGAGUCUCUGUGUCGUCUGUCUGUGUGACAGUGAACAACCGUCCAAAUGGCUCAUCAGGGAGUUCUGCUGGACCAGGACCAGUUCUGUUGUUCUGUCUGUCUGGAUCUACUGAAGGAGCCGGUCACUAUUCCCUGUGGACACAGUUACUGUAGGAGCUGUAUUGAGGGCUGCUGGGAUCAGGAUGAUCUGAAAGGGGUCUAUAGCUGUCCUCAGUGCAGACAUACCUUCACUACAAGGCCUAUGCUGAUGAAAAAUAACAUGUUGGCUGAGCUGGUGGAGAAACUGAGAAAGACAGGACUCCAGGCUGCUCCCUCUCCUGCUCUGUGCUAUGCUGGAUCUGGAGAUGUGGCGUGUGAUUUCUGCACUGGGACCAGAAAGCAGAAAGCCCUCAUGUCCUGUCUGGCGUGUCUGGCCUCUUACUGUGAGACUCACCUCCAACCUCACUAUGAAUUUCCUGCUUUGAAGAAGCACAAGCUGGUCAAAGCCACGGCACAACUACAGGAGAAGAUCUGCUCUCAUCAUGACAAACUGCUGGAGGUUUACUGUCGUACCGAUCAGCAGUGUAUCUGUUAUCUGUGUACAAUGGAUGAACAUAAAGGCCAUGAUACAGUGUCAGCUGCAGCAGAGAGGACUGAGACACAGAAGCAGCUGGGGAUGAGUCAGCAGAAGGUCCAGCACAGAUUCCAGGAGAGAGAGAAGGAGCUGAAGGAGCUCCAACAGGCUGUGGAGUCUUUCAAGCGCUCUGCACAGUCAGCAGUGGAGGACAGUGAUCAGAUCUUUACUGAGCUGAUCCGCUCCAUUGAGAGAAGGAGCUCUGAGGUGAAGGAGCUGAUCAGAGCCCAAGAGAAGGCUCAAGUGAGUCAAGUUGAAGGACUCCUGGAGCAACUGAAGCAGGAGAUAGCUGAGCUGAGGAAGAGAAGCACUGAGCUGGAGCAGCUCUCACACACAGAGGAUCACAUCCAUUUCCUCCAGAGUUAUCAGUCUCUCUCCAGUAUCAGUGUAUCUUCAGACUUACCCAGCAUCGUUGUCCGUCCUCUUCAGUACUUUGGAGAUGUGAGUAAGACUGUGUCUGAACUGAGAGAGAAACUAGAAGACUUCCUUAAAGGAGAAUCGACCAAGAUCUCCACUACAGUGAAUAUAGUGGAUGUUGUACUGCCUCCAGAGCCCAAGACCAGAGAACAGUUGUUACAAUAUUCCUGUCAGCUCACACUGGACCCAAACACAGCAUACACACACCUCUCUCUGUCUGAAGGGAACAGAAAGGUGACCGAUACACGCAAAUUCCAACCAUAUCCUGUCCAUCCAGACAGAUUCACCAACUGGUACCAGGUUCUGUGUAGAGAGGGUCUGUCUGGACGCUGUUACUGGGAGGUGGAGAGGACUGGUUAUGUUGUUACAGCAGUCUCAUAUAAAGACAUCAGCAGAACAGAGAGAGGUAAUGAUGGUGGAUUUGGAAACAAUAACAAGUCCUGGAGUUUAAAGUGCUAUAGAGGUGGUUAUUGGUUCAGACACAAUAAUGUUGAGACUAAAGUAUCAGGCCCUCAGUCCUCCAGAGUAGGAGUGUACCUGGAUCCCAAGGCAGGUACUCUGUCCUUCUACAGUGUCUCUGACACAAUGACCCUCCUCCACAGAGUCCAGACCACAUUCACUCAGCCCCUCUAUCCUGGGUUUUGUCUCAAUGGUACUGCUGAGCUGGUUAAACUGUAGUAGGGUCCACAUAGAUACUAGUCAUGCUGGUGUAGUCUAUAGCUGAGCUGGUUAAACUGUAGUAGGGUCCACAUAGAUACUAG